GAUUUGGACCGGAUGCCGUGCGCAAAUCUGGAGCUCGCGUCCUGUGUUUGUGUGUGAAUCACAUCGCGUUUUGCACUCUUUCUCGAGCACAGUGUAAAAUUGUGUACUGUAGAAAAUAGGAGAAAAGAAUGCGAUGUAGGAUGUUUCCUUAAAAAAAAAGUGCACGCGAUUCCUCGGCGCUAGGAUCCGGCGGCGGCGCUCUCUCUCUCUCUCUCUCUCUCUCUCUCUCUCUCUCUCUCUCUCUCUCUCUCUCACUCACUCUCUCACCCACCCUCCCUUUUUUUUCUCCCGAGCCUGUUUGAAAGUCUCCGCCACACUUCGGCCACUUCCUGGAUGGCGGAAUGGAGAGAUCUUCCAGCGCCGCUGCUGUGACUCUACCGUGUCUUGUGUUCCGGCGUGAACGCGUUGCGCGCUUCGCCUCCGUGCGCUUCCUUUGCUUUGGCCGCACGAUCCGCCGCCACAUCACGUCCACUCCAGUUUCCACGCGCGUCAUGUUUUUCCACGAGGACUAACAUCAGCGCCGUCUGAAGGACUUUAACAGAAAGAAAGAAAAAAGAAAGAAACAGAGGAAAGAGAGAGAGAGACGGAAAAAAAAAAGAAAAACUGUUUCCUGGACAAACUUCAGAGAAUCAUUUUGCUUCUUGCGCAAAACAACAACAAAACAGCAGUUUGCUUUGUUAAGCCGUUGUUUGUUUGUUUGUUUUUAAACCGGACGUUUUUAGGAUAACACAAAGUCAACAGUUGCUCCGUGGCCGGCUGUCGAUGUGCGCUGUGCCAUGCCGAGGCUCGUGCAACCGGGUCGCUGCUGCUGCUGCUGCUGCUGCUGGAUUCUGGCUUUAACGCUGGCAGCCUGCGCGCUCCUCCGGGCCCACGCGCAUCCCGCACUGUCUGGAGGCGAUCAGGUGGAACGGCAUGGCUGGGCGACCGGGGACAGACAUCGCAGAGCUGCUGAGGAACCAUACUGGGCAUACUCAGGGACAUACGGACCAGAGACGGGAUGGGCGGUGGCCUAUCCGGCGUGCAAAGAGAAGAACCAAUCGCCGAUCAAUAUAGCCGACCAGGAUACCAGGUCCUCGUUGCAGUAUCAGGAGCUCAUCCUGGACGGCUUUGAAGCGGAAUCGUCUAACAAGACGUCGAUGAAGAACACAGGCAAAACUGUUGCCAUCCUGCUGAAGGACGACUACUUUAUUCAAGGUGCGGGUUUGCCGGGUCGCUUUAAAGCCGAGAAGGUGGAGUUCCACUGGGGUCAGAGCAACGGUUCAGAAGGCUCAGAGCACAGCAUCAAUGGCAGGAGGUUCCCUGUCGAGAUGCAGAUCUACAUGUACAACUCGGACGAUUUUGACAGCCUUAACGCAGCCAUCAGGGAGAAGAGGGUCAUCGGCGCUAUGGCUGUCUUCUUUCAGGUUGGACAGAAGGACAAUCCUGCAGUAGACCCUAUAAUCCACGGACUGAGAGGAGUCGUGCAUCACGAAAAAGAGACAUUUCUCGAGCCUUUUGUGCUGAGGGACCUGUUGCCAUCUUCUAUUGGCAGUUAUUACCGGUACAUUGGCUCUCUCACUACUCCUCCCUGCAGUAAAGUAGUGGAGUGGAUUGUCUUCAGCCGGCCCGUCUUCCUGUCCUACAGACAGUUAGAGGCAUUCUACUCCAUCUUUACCACCGAGCAGCAGGACCAUGUGAAGUCAGUGGAGUACCUGCGCAAUAACGUCCGCCCGCUGCAGAGUCUGGACAACCGGGAAGUGUACAAAUCUGCCGUCAAGGACGCCUGGCUGCCAUAUCUGACUGAUCCCUACAGCACGGAGUCCUCCAAAGCCUGCAGCAGUGCUCCCAUCAACAUGCAAGUUCAGCCACUAAAUAAAACAGCCCUGGUGGUGCGAUGGUCCCGCCCCGAGAUCACCUAUGAUCCACCCAUCAUCAGCUACCUCAUCUCCUACAGCUGGACUCGAAACGACGAGGAGUACGAGGAGACAUAUGUCAAAGGCAGCGACCAAAAACUGGAGACCGUUAUCAAGCCAGUUUCACCAGAUGUGCUGUAUCUCUUCCGAGUCCAGGCAGUGUGCUUGAAUGACAAACGCAGUGACUUCAGCCAGAGCAUGCUGAUUAGAGCAAAUACCACCAGAAUAUUUGAAGGGACGAGGAUCGUGAAAACAGGAAUGCCCACCGUGCCUCCCGCAUCCUCAGCCGACAUGGCUCCCAUUAGCUCUGGCUCAUCUACCUGGACUUCUUCGGGCCUGCCUUUUUCCUUCGUCUCUAUGGCGACUGGCAUCGGCCCCUCUUCCAGUGGUAGCCAGGCGACGGUGGCAUCCGUAGUCACCAGCACUCUCCUGGCAGGGCUGGGCUUCAGCGGCGGCGUCAUCUCAUCCUUCCCCAGCUCGGCUUGGCCCAGUCUCCGCCCGCCAACCCAGACCCCACCUACCACAGUGGAACAGGCUCCUCCCACAACCACGGCUGAAAACACUCAGAACCAAGGCUCCGACGACAACGCUGGAGGAGAGAAGACAGUCAAGGCAGAAGGUGAGGAAGGUGAGAGGGAAGGUGAAGAAGAGGAAGAGAAGGAUGAAGAAGACGACAAAGGAGCAGAGGGUAAACCCGUGAAGAACGCUCCAGAUGACGUUCAGACGCAGGCGAACAGUGCAGCAGACCAGCAGCCUCCCACAACAGCACCCGAGUCCACCGCCAAAGAGAAAGGGAGGAAAAAGAAUGAAGAGAAGGACAGAGUGAUGGCAUCUACUGAACCACAGGACACACAGACAGAGAGGAUGGAGGAUGAGGACGAAUUCACUGCGACCCCCAGCACAGAUUCUGGAGUUAAGGGGAAUAAAAGCGUGGUGAUUCAGGCCCCAGAAGCCCCUCCGAAGGGUGGGAAGGGCAGCAUGGGAGACAGGAGUCAGUGGCCCUUCUCAUUUCAUACAGAGCGGACUAUAAUCUCCAGUAUGCGCCCAGUUCCUGGUUCAGGCAGGAUGGAGUGGAUCAUUCCUCUAGUAGUGGUGUCUGCUCUCACCUUCCUCUGCCUCAUCCUCCUCCUCGCUGUACUCGUCUACUGGAGAAGGUGUUUCCAGACUGCUCAUUUCUACGUGGAGGACAGCAGUUCUCCACGAGUGGUGCCCAAUGAGAGUAUUCCGGUCAUCCCAAUCCCAGACGACAUGGAGGCCAUCUCUGUUAAACAGUUUAUCAAGCACAUAUCUGAUCUGUACGCCAACAACCAGCAUGGAUUCUCUGAAGACUUUGAGGAAGUGCAGCGUUGCACGAGCGAUAUGAAGAUCACUUUUGAACAUUCAAAUCAUCCAGACAACAAGCACAAGAACAGAUACAUCAACAUUGUUGCAUAUGAUCACAGUCGAGUGAAGCUGAGGCCAUUAGCCGGCAAGGACUCCAAACACAGUGACUACAUCAAUGCUAACUAUGUGGACGGUUACAACAAGCCCAAGGCGUACAUUGCUGCUCAGGGUCCCCUUAAAUCCACCUUUGAGGACUUCUGGAGGAUGGUGUGGGAGCAGAACACAGGCAUCAUCGUCAUGAUUACCAACCUGGUGGAGAAAGGACGGAGAAAGUGUGAUCAGUACUGGCCGACGGAGAACAGCGAGGAAUACGGUAACAUUGUGGUGACGCUGAAGAGCAGCAAGGUGCACGCGUGCUACACGCUUCGCCGCUUCACCAUCCGCAACACCAAAGUAAAGAAGGGUCAGAAGGGCAGUGUAAAGAGUCGUCAGAGUGAAAGAACUGUAAUCCAGUAUCACUACACACAGUGGCCUGACAUGGGCGUUCCUGAGUACACACUGCCUGUGCUCACCUUCGUCAGGAAAUCUUCUGCAGCACAGACACCUGAGAUGGGCCCCAUGCUUGUCCACUGCAGUGCUGGCGUGGGCAGAACAGGAACCUAUAUCGUGAUUGACAGCAUGCUGCAGCAGAUUAAGGAUAAAGGCUCUGUCAAUGUGCUGGGUUUCCUUAAACACAUACGCACACAGAGGAACUACCUGGUUCAAACUGAGGAGCAGUAUGUCUUUAUUCACGAUGCCUUGUUGGAAGCCAUACUGGGGAAAGAGACGGAGGUGUUGUCCAGCCAGCUGCACAGUUACGUCAACAGCAUCCUGACCCCUGGUCGGAGCGGCAAAACACGGCUCGAGAAACAGUUCAAGCUGGUGACCCAGUGUAAUGCCAGGUUCGCAGAGUGUUUCAGCGCACAGAAAGACUGCAACAAGGAAAAGAACCGCAACUCCUCUGUCGUUCCAUCCGAGAGAGCGCGUGUCGGCCUGGCUCCACUUCCUGGAAUGAAAGGCACCGAUUACAUCAAUGCUUCUUACAUCAUGGGUUACUACCGCAGUAACGAGUUCAUCAUUACCCAGCAUCCUCUUCCUCACACCACUAAAGACUUCUGGAGGAUGAUCUGGGACCAUAACGCGCAAAUCAUCGUCAUGCUUCCCGACAACCAGGGGCUGGCUGAGGAUGAGUUUGUUUACUGGCCGAGUCGAGAAGAAGCCAUGAACUGUGAAGCUUUCACCGUCACGCUUAUUAGCAAAGACAGACUCUGCUUGUCCAAUGAGGAGCAGAUCAUCAUUCAUGACUUUAUCCUGGAGGCUACACAGGACGACUACGUGCUGGAGGUGCGUCAUUUUCAGUGCCCGAAGUGGCCCAACCCGGACGCACCCAUCAGCAGCACGUUUGAGCUCAUCAACAUCAUUAAGGAAGAGGCCAAUGCCCGAGACGGACCCACCAUAGUGCACGACGAGUACGGAGCGGUAUCGGCGGGAAUGUUCUGCGCUCUCACCACGCUGAGUCAGCAGCUGGAGAACGAGAACGCCGUCGGCGUCUAUCAGGUGGCCAAGAUGAUCAACCUCAUGAGACCUGGAGUCUUCACCGACAUUGAGCAGUAUCAGUACCUUUACAAGGCUAUGCUUAGUCUGGUGAGCACUAAAGAGAACGGAGUCGGUCCUGUGUCCAUAGAGCGAAACGGCAGCAUGGCCCUGUCUGACGAAUCGGACCCUGCCGAGAGCAUGGAGUCUCUCGUCUGAAGCUCCACCCAACACACACACACACACACACACACACACACACACACACACACACACACACACACACACACACACACACACACACACGCCAGGAGGCGCUUAACUUACUUUGUAAAACUUCAAGGACUAAGACAGACUUUUUUUCUGAGGCCUUUUUUGCCAGAACUCUUGGUUAAACGAAUAACCCGAUUACUUUUUUACACUGAUAAAAAAAAAAAAAAAUCUUUUGAUAUUUAUUUUUUUUCGCCAUUUUAUGUCUUAAUGUUAUCCUACUGAACAUUUGCACCUCUGUUUUUGAGUUCACGACAAACAAACGAAACACACUUCUGUCUAGUUUGCACUAUGAAAAUAUCAGUGUUACUGCCUACUUCAGUCCUACGCUCUCUAUUUUUUCAUCUUUAUUUUGGAUUAUUUCCACCACUACCAGGUUUCGACAUUCCAUCAUGAAGCUCCACUCGACGGCAUAGGAAACAAUCGUGGAACGAUUUAAAAAUUCAAGACGACGUUCGCUAACGUCGGGUGUCAUCGACAAACGAUACCGGAUUUCUGCGCUUCGUUUCAUUUCUACGCCAUAAAGGAUUCCUUUUAUUUUUUUGUCCUCCUUGUUUUGUUUUGUUUUUUUGCAUCAUAUGCAUCUAAGCCUGUUAGACUCAUUAACUUUCUGCAGGUGGUAUUACAACAGCUACUGUGAACUUUAUUCUUUUUAUUUUUUAUUUUUGAAUGAUUCAUAUUAUGCUUUUAAUAUAUAUAUGAAUAUAUCGUAUCUCAUUAUAACUUGUGGUUUUGUAAAAAUGUUAACCGUCAUAAGCAACUGGUUUCUUGCAGGCUUGAUUCAAUGGUUUUGCCUAACGCUUCUCAAUAGCAGUCCAUGUCCUCUCUAGCACCCCCUGCUGGUUUUCUUUACUUUACUCUGCAGGCUGCUGCUAUAAAUGAUCUGAUUUCUGCUCGAAUGGGGAAAUUCUAGUCAUUCUCACUUUAGCGUCGGUUAUUUCCUUCAUAAUUUACUCUGCGUUCUAUUUCCUGCUUACGUGAUGUGCAUCGGUCAGGUCUCGAUGCCUUUUGUAAAGUCUGAGCUCAUCUCUGCAGGUGUGUGACGUAAGAGUGUGUGUCGUGUGUGUGUGGUGCUGAGUCACAUUUACUUAACAUUUCUAUCACCUGUUCCAGGAGGAAACGCAGACUGUAUACAGGUCAUGUUCCUCACGUCCUGCCUCUGUGUCUCAAAGUUCUUUCUUAUCGCUUAUUUCAUGAUAAAUCAAGAGAAGGGUGUGUGUGUGUGCGGAUGGUGUGUAUCGUGUCCGAGCAGCACAAUGAUGUCCUUGUUAACACACCAGUUACCCAACAGCUGCAGGAAGAAGGUUCGAUCUGUCAAGUUUUACCAAAGACUUCAAAUAAACAUUUCAUUCCCAUAUGGCAAAUUUACAAUGUGUGUGUGUGUGUGUGUGUGUGUGAGAGAGAGAGAGAGAGAGAGAGAGAGAGAGAGAGAGAGAGAGAGAGAGAGAGAGAAUUUCAUGAGGCUGAGGUCCCAACUUGGUUCAUUUAGCACUUUUCCAAUUUUAUGAAAACGAUCAACAGAGACACAGUAAAAAUGCAGAUUUUUUUAUUAUUUUUCUUUCUUUUUUUUUCAAUUUUUUUAGGAAGAUCUGAAAAAUUAGUGCUUUUCAAUGACAAGCUCAAGACUUUGAUACCACAUCCUUAAAAGGCACUGACGUCGUUCAUUUUGUGUCCUUUCCAAAAAGAAAAAAAAUACAAACUUUCCUUCUUUGAAUUUUUCAUUUUGAAUUUAAUUUUUAAUCCGCCCUUUUCUUUUCUGAUGUCCAUCUUCUUGUGUCGAGCCUUUGCUUAUAUGCUGCAAUUUAAACAGGAAUUUGUAUCUUUAUCCUCUUUUUUGUCUUUGUAUGUACAUAUUAUUUUGCUUGUCCGUCGAUCGGUAUUCUUCACAUUAUACCCUGGUGUAUGUUUAUAGAAUUUUAUUUUCAUAUAAAGCCGACUCCGAAUCUCAGCUCAGCUCUCUGGAUGUUUUGUGCAAAAAAAAAAAAAUUUAAAAAAUGUAAAAAAAAAAUAAAAUAAAAAAAAAAUUAAAAAAGAGAGAGAGAGUGAGAGAGAGAGAGAAUAACCCAGUGUGUUGUUCAUUCAUCGAGCGACUGACGUCUCAUGCCUCAUAUACCACAAGGCAGUGAUUGUGAUAUUCUCUUAUUAUUUUGUUGAUUGUUUUACUUUUCAUUUCAAUAAAUGAGUUUUUUUUUGUUUUGUUUUUUAUUCUGAGGAUGUCAUAGGCAAGCUCCACUGAUUACGUUUCCCUCAUUCUCUUCUUUAAUGCAGGUGGGUGUUGUUCGACAUCAUGUACCCUGUUUUUGGCAUCUGGAAUACCACAAAACGAAGGAAAAAAAUGUGUUUUUCUUGUUUUGUUGAAAGCUAUAUCAAAGCAUUCUAUUAUAGUGUUAUUUAAUAUGUAAAUUGUAUUGCUAUACAUAAAAUAAAAUAUGGGUUUUGAUGUACUUUAAGCAUA